UAGUAUAAAAGUAGCUAUGGCUGCAUGCAGUUUCUUGCCAUUCAACAAGAGACGUGCAUAAAGAAGACUUAUCCUGGAAGACUAAAGAUAAAGACUUGAAGUGACUGAAACCUUCAAGAUGAUGUUACAGUGGUUGUUUCUAUUAACUUUGUUUUUUCAAAAAGGUUGGGCUUCCAGUUUAUCUGACGAACUUGAGGAUUCUCGUCUUUGGCGUCGCGGAAGUCCGUCUGUAUUCACGGCCCCUAGAGAAGAAUGCACAAGAGACAUGCUCGUGAUUUGGGAUAAUUCCCAAUCUGUUGGCAUUGGCAAUUUCCUGGAUAAUGUGCGGCCUUUCCUAAAGAAGUUAGUUGCAGAUCCGAAACUUGAUGUGGGAAAAGAUGGCACUCAUAUUGGUUUUAUCACUUUCGCCAGUGAGGAGAAGACAAGGCGUUUGUUGAAGAUUGGAUCCAUAAUGGAGCAGGAAGAUUUGCAGUCUUGGUUGGAUGGCUUAAACUAUGUAGAAGAUUUAAUGGGUCCUUAUACGUACACGGGUUUAGCAUUCAAACUUGCAAGUGAUGAAUACCAUUCAAGAAAUCCAUUAAAUCAUCGUACAGAAAUUGACGACGUUAUUUUGUUAUUCACCGAUGGCGAGCCGAGAGCAAGAACUAAUGCAUUGAUAAAAGAACAAUACGAAAUGGCUGAUGAAUACUCGGCCAGCCUAAUGGCAAGGAACGUGUCUAUCAUUGCCUUGGCAGUGGGAAAGGAAGCAGAAAAGCCCGAAUUCCGGAAAAAUAUUAAAUCGUGGUCGAACCAUAUGUUUACCUCAGCGUUUGAUAAAUUGGACGACGUUCUCGCAAAAAUCGUUGAUGAGUCAUGUGGAGUCAAACCGCUGCAGUGUGCUUGCGAUGGUGAAAUUUCAACGGAACAGUACACCAAGCCUGGCGAAAAUACCAUUUUCUUGUCAUGGUUAGAACCUGAACUGAAGUGCGACAAGUCUGUUGAACCUGAUAUGACCGUGGAUCCUUCUAACACACAAAAUCCACAGGAGUUUGGAAUCGGCGAGCACAAAAUUAAAUACACUUUUGCGUACAAAGAUAGUGACAAAAAGUGGGCCAGCCAAGAUUGUUUAUUUACUGUCAAUGUCGGUGCAUGCGAAUGUCCAAGCACACAGACGAUAAGAGCUCAAGUUAAACUCGGCGAGACAAAAGCCACAGUCAAUUGGUUGGAACCUGAGCCUAGUUGCCCAGCUAGGGGCAAUGGAAACAACCCAAGCACUACGAGUGGAGAUUUUCCGGUCGGUAAACACAAACUUGUUUACGACUACAAACACAGCACCGAAUUUCAAACCUUUUACAUGCAAUGUGUUGUGAAUAUCAUUGUGACAGGAGAUUACUGCGGCACAACAGCCUAUGAUCCAGGCACAUAUAUUUGCUGUUGUGGCAAGGCUUAUCCUAAGAAAUCUGGUCAUAGGUGUUGUGGCACGAAAUACUACGAUACUGCUAGCAUGGUAUGCUGUCAAGAUGAGAGUCUCGUGUCUGUUGAAGGACAUUGUCCAUUUCAGAUGCAAAUAACGUCGCGUUGAACUUUUGAUCUCUCGUUUUCAUAUAUUACUUGAUGAUUAUUUUAUAUUAUGUCCACCGUAUAAAUAGCGGCAGAAUAAUGCCUUGUAGAGAUUUUCAGUUUGCACAGUACGAGUGUAUUUAAUACGCAUGCAAUCUUUGACAUAAAAUGGCUAUUAUAGCUAUAAUAUAUAGCUAUAAAUGUAUACAUUAUGUAUGCAUGGUUCAUUAAUGGUAAACAAUAAAUUGGGUUUGGAUCUAA